UGCAGGUGCAGCUGGCUGGGGUGCUGGAGCUGCGGGUGCUGUCGGCCUGGGGGGGGCCGUGCAGGGGCCCCCCUUCUUGUCGCCUCGUUUUCCGUCUCUGUUUGCGCCCCUCCAUGGGGAUUGGCUGCAGUCUGGGGGCUGCUCAGAGCCCCCCCGGCCCCCCUCCAACCCCAGGGGCUCCACGCAUUCUUCGCUUGCCCUUCGCCUUCCCUUGGCCGGGCACUGUCUCCCUCAUCAUCGAGUCCUGGCGGCUGGAGGAGGCCAAGGGCCCCGGAGGUCCCCAGAGCCGGUUGCUGGGACGGGCGGUGGCACAGCAGCGCUUGGUGCCGGGGGGUCCGUGGCAGGGGGGUGCCGGGGGGGGGCUGCGCUUCAGCACUCGCCUGCGUUGCCGCCUUCCCGCCCGUGGCCCCCGCUGCCUCCCCCCCUGCUCCCCCUGCAUCCGUCGCUGCCUCCCUUACUCUGCCGCCUGCCGCGUCCCCCCACGCCGUCGCUGCCGGCCUCUGUGCUGCGCCCACCAGGGCUGUGGGGCUGAUGGCCGGGGCUGCACCCUUUCCAGCGCUAACAGCACGGCCUUCAGGAGCGACGCUGCGGGGCUGCGCUGCGACCCCCCCAGCCCAGUAUGGCCCCCGUCACCCAAAGCCCCUGAAACGGCGGAGAAAAUCCCCGUGCCGGAUCCGCUGCCGGAGGCAUCGCCGUCACCCUGUGCCCUGGGGCCGUGCUUCAAUGGAGGCGCCUGUGCGCCUGCCCCCAACUCCGGGGCUGGCUACAGCUGCCGCUGCCCCCCCGGCUUCCACGGCUCCAACUGCGAGCGCCGCGCUGACCGCUGCGCCAACCGCCUCUGCCUGCACGGUGGGCACUGCCUGGAUCUGGGUCACAGCGUCAUCUGCAAAUGCCAGCCCGGUUUCUCGGGGGCACGAUGCGAAAACAACGUGGACGACUGCAGCCCCAACCCCUGCGCCAACGGCGGCACCUGCGUGGACGGCACCAACAGCUACAGCUGCUCCUGCACCCUGGGCUACGCUGGAGACGACUGCCGCCAGCGCGCUGACGCUUGUGCCUCGGGGCCCUGCCUGCACGGUGCUACUUGCUACACCCACUUCUCCGGUCACGUCUGUGCCUGUCCCCCCGGUUACAUGGGACCCCGUUGCGAGGAGGAGGUGGGGGGGGGCCCGGCUGCCCCCUAUCGCCGACCCCCGGCUCCCUUGGCCCUCGCCUGCGCCCUCCCCAUAGCUCUGCUGGGCCCUGGGCUGGGUUUGGUGCUGGCAGCUCGGGGGUGGCGAAGGAGGCCAGGGGGCGAGAGCGGCCGCACGUUGGAGCCGAUGAGGGCCCCCAGCCUGAGCCUUCCUGGGCUGGAGCAGCAGCUGCCCCGUGCCUCUGCCACCCAGGUCUGAGGUGACAGUAAUGAACUUCCACCCCAGCCACGUCCUUUGGGGUCAUUUCCUCCAUAAACCCCCUUGUGAGGUCCCUGCCGGCUGCAGCGCUGCUGUUUGGCCACGGCAGGGGAUGCAGGGAGGAUGCACAGCAGCUGGAGGCCAAGCGAGGAUGAAGA